UCUCCCCGGUAAAGUCUCGCGGUGCUGCCGGGCUCAGCCCGUCUCCUCCUCUGGCUCCCUCGGCCGGGCGGCGGUGACUGUGCACCGACGUCGGCGCGGGCUGCAGCGCCGCGUCCGCCCGCCCGCCCGCCAGCAUGGCCACCACCGCCACCUGCACCCGCUUCACCGACGACUACCAGCUCUUCGAGGAGCUCGGCAAGGGUGCUUUCUCCGUGGUCCGCAGGUGUGUGAAGAAAACCUCUACACAGGAAUAUGCAGCAAAAAUCAUCAAUACUAAGAAGUUGUCUGCCCGGGAUCACCAGAAACUAGAACGUGAGGCCCGGAUAUGCCGACUUCUGAAACAUCCAAACAUUGUGCGCCUCCAUGACAGUAUUUCUGAAGAAGGGUUUCACUACCUCGUGUUUGACCUUGUUACUGGUGGGGAACUCUUUGAAGACAUUGUGGCCAGAGAGUACUACAGUGAAGCAGAUGCCAGCCACUGUAUACAUCAGAUUUUGGAGAGUGUUAACCACAUUCACCAGCAUGACAUUGUCCACCGGGAUCUGAAGCCUGAGAACCUGCUGCUGGCGAGUAAAUGCAAGGGUGCUGCUGUCAAGCUGGCUGAUUUUGGCCUUGCCAUCGAAGUGCAGGGAGAGCAGCAGGCCUGGUUUGGUUUUGCUGGCACCCCAGGUUACUUGUCCCCUGAGGUCUUGAGGAAAGAUCCCUAUGGAAAACCUGUGGAUAUCUGGGCCUGCGGGGUCAUCCUGUAUAUCCUCCUGGUGGGCUACCCUCCCUUCUGGGAUGAGGAUCAGCACAAGCUGUAUCAGCAGAUCAAGGCCGGAGCCUACGAUUUCCCAUCACCGGAAUGGGACACAGUAACUCCCGAAGCCAAGAACUUGAUCAACCAGAUGCUCACCAUAAACCCAGCAAAGCGCAUCACAGCUGACCAGGCUCUCAAGCACCCAUGGGUCUGCCAACGAUCCACCGUGGCCUCUAUGAUGCAUCGUCAAGAGACUGUGGAGUGCUUGCGCAAGUUCAACGCCCGGAGGAAACUGAAGGGUGCCAUCCUCACGACCAUGCUUGUGUCCAGGAACUUUUCAGUUGGCAGGCAGAGCUCCGCCCCCGCCUCGCCUGCCGCGAGCGCCGCCGGCCUGGCCGGGCAAGCUGCCAAAAGCCUACUAAACAAGAAGUCGGAUGGUGGUGUCAAGAAAAGGAAGUCAAGCUCCAGCGUGCACCUAAUGCCACAGAGCAACAACAAAAACAGUCUCGUAAGCCCAGCCCAAGAGCCCGCGCCCUUGCAGACCGCCAUGGAGCCACAAACCACCGUGGUGCACAAUGCUACAGAUGGGAUCAAGGGCUCUACAGAGAGCUGCAACACUACUACAGAAGAUGAGGACCUCAAAGCUGCCCCGCUCCGCACUGGGAAUGGCAGCUCGGUGCCUGAAGGACGGAGCUCCUGGGACAGAACAGCCCCCUCUGCAGGCAUGCAGCCCCAGCCUUCUCUCUGCUCCUCAGCCAUGCGAAAACAGGAAAUCAUUAAAAUCACAGAGCAGCUGAUUGAAGCCAUCAACAAUGGGGACUUUGAAGCUUACACGAAGAUUUGUGACCCAGGCCUUACUUCAUUUGAACCAGAGGCCCUUGGUAACCUCGUGGAAGGGAUGGAUUUCCAUAAGUUUUACUUUGAGAAUCUCCUGUCCAAGAACAGCAAGCCCAUCCACACCACCAUCCUAAAUCCACAUGUCCACGUGAUCGGGGAGGACGCAGCUUGCAUCGCCUACAUCCGUCUCACCCAGUAUAUCGACGGGCAGGGUCGGCCUCGCACCAGCCAAUCAGAGGAGACGCGGGUCUGGCACCGCCGGGAUGGCAAAUGGCUCAAUGUCCACUAUCACUGCUCAGGGGCCCCUGCCGCACCGCUGCAGUGAGCUCAGCCACAGGGGCAUUAGGAGAUUCCAGCUGGAGGUCGAACCUUCGCAGCCAGUGGCUCUGGAGGGCCUGAGUGACAGCGGCAGUUCUGUUCGUUUGAGGUUUAAAACAAUUAAAUUACAAAGCGGCAGCAGCCAAUGCACGCCCCUGCAUGCAGCCCUCCCGCCCGCCCUUCGUGUCUGUCUCUGCUGUACCGAGGUGUUUUUUACAUUUAAGGAAAAAAAAAAAAAAAGAUUGUUUAAAAAAAAAAAAUGGAAUCGUACCAUGAUGCGUUUUAAAACCACCGAUAGCCCUUGAGCCAGCAAGAAGGCAAGAGUUUGUGAGAUGCCCAUCCUGGCAUGAACAGCGGGCUCGCCCACCAGCCCUGGAGAGGUGAACUUGGCCUCAGGCUGCCAUGGACUCAGGGGGACCAGGCAAGGACUCUGACAGAGCUUUGGGGCCCAGGAAGUGAUUGUAGCCCCUGAGGUGGCCUGCUUACCCCAGGUCUAGUCGUGGACUUCUUCAGAACCUGCAGAGGCGCCUAAAAAGAGGCUGACGGAAACACCAUGGCCAUCAGGCCUACUUGGGAGAGAAUGUAGAGCUCCCAGCCUGCUACAGAAGCAGCUGAGAAGCAGCGGCCUUAGGACUGAUGGCCCGGACUUUGCUGUUCCGCUCAAUUUAGUGUAGAAAGGAAGAGAAUUGGUGCUGCAGAAGUGUGUCCGCUAUGAAACUGUUGAGAAACCUCAUGUUAGCCUGACAUGCACUCACGCAUCCAUUUCUAAAGGGUGCACAACGCAUGUGGGCCCUGAUUGUGAAGCCUGCUCCCUGCAGCUGGGAAGGAAAGGGGUUGCUGCUUUGCGUCAUGAUUGUUUUCUUAAUAACAUAGCAAUGAGAGAGUCAGGCCCUGGUCAGGGCUCCCCUUGCUGCCUUUGGCAGUUCUGUUUCUGCUUAUCUGGACCAUCUAAGUCUUGCCUUUCUAUGAUGGUGGUCCCUUGCUGACCCUCAUCUGGGCCUGGGUCCCCAGCCAAGUGCCCUGUGGGACCGGAGAAGUGAGGCAGUGCCGUAAGAGGUGGUGGUUGUUUCUAUGCAUUCAGGCUGCCCUCAGGGCUGCCUCCCUUCUUCCUCUUCCCUUGCUGCACGUCCAUCUCUACCCCAGUCUCAGACCUGAUUGCUCUGGCAAGAAGAGGAAGUGUCCUCUUUAAAGGAGCCCCUUUGCUGACCAAUUGAAGUGUAGACUUACUGCUGGACAAUCUGCAUGGGCAUCACCCCUCACACCUGCAUGUACCAGAAAAGGCAUCUAGAACCAAGGCUCCUAUACUCAUUGUCCCUCUCUGUGCUCAAGGAGUAUCAUUCCAGGAGGAAAAGAUCAGUGCCCUAAACAGAUAACAGAAGAUAACGGAGGAGGAUUGGUCACAGCUUUGGCUUCCCCCCAAAUCAACCGUGCAUAUGUAUCUGCACAAAUACCUGCACUUUAGGGGGAAGGUGGGUAGACUCCAGCUCCCUGGACUACCUUCAGGAGGAGCAGGAGCUUCAAGAAGAGGCAAAAGCAACAGGUGUACUUUGGAGCCAGCUGAGAAGAGCGCAAACUCACAGGUGCUGGUGCUUGGAUUUAGCCAGGCCCCUCAAGCACCUCAUGCAUGCCCCAGCCCCUGGGCCCUUGCUCCUUCCUGCCCUGCAGCCUGCAGUACCAGCUCGCAGACACCUUCACCACAGGGUUUGGUUUUGUUGGCUUGAAGACACGGUCUUAGAGUUCAUUGAGACCCAUAGCUUCAUAUGGCUGCUCCAGCCCUACUUCUUAGCAUUCUUACUCCUCUUUGGGGGCUAAUGUCAGCAUCUAUAGACAAUAGACUAUUAAAGAUCAUCUUUUAAACAGGAAAUGGAAGGCAUUUGAUGCAGAAUUUUUGCAUGAUGACAUAGAAAUAAUUUAAAAAUAGUGUUUGUUCUGAAUGUUGG